GGGUAGCAAGAGAGCCAGCCCCAAAGCAGCCCUGCGCCUCUGAGCUGGAAUCUGCCAGAGCACAGCCAGCAUGUUGGUUCUCAGCCUGCUUGUCUGGGGAUCUUACCUGCCGCUUCUCUUCUGCUUUGCUUUAUCUCAGACUGCGUACGCUGACAAUGUCUUCUCAAUUUCAGCAGAUCUCCCUUGUUUGGAACAGAAGAAACAGCUCAACUGCAGAGCGUGCUGCCUCCUUGGCCCUCCUCCACCACCCCUGUUCCCACCACCGUACUUCAGACACAGCUGGAGCACUAAGCUGCUUGAUGUGGAUAUGGAAGAGUUGUGUCAUGAGCUCCAGAUAAUACAAGCUUCUUCUCUGCUUGAAUCACACUGUCCUUCCGGGCCUCCUGGCCCCCAGGGUCCACAAGGAAUUCCUGGUAUAAUGGGACCAAAAGGGGAGAAAGGGGAGAUUGGCAGGCCAGGAAGAAAGGGUAGACUGGGUCCCCCGGGUGUCCCUGGGAUGCCAGGACCAAUAGGAUGGCCUGGACCUGUAGGACCGAAGGGUGAAAAGGGAGAAUUGGGUGUGAUGGGAUUGCCAGGUACAAGAGGACCAAUGGGCUCCAAGGGUUUUCCUGGAACUAGAGGAGAAAAGGGAUCCAGAGGUGACAGGGGUGACAAAGGAGUCAAAGGAGACCAGGGAGAAAUAGGCUUCCCCGGAAUGCUGGGACAAAAAGGAGAGAUGGGCCCAAAGGGACAGUCUGGAGUACCGGGACACAGAGGACCUAUAGGAAGACCUGGAAAACGAGGCAAACAAGGAUUAAAGGGAGACAUUGGACCUGCAGGUGUCAUGGGUCCACCUGGAAGGCCGGGUCCUGUUGGCCAGCCAGGCCCUCCUGGACCUUCAGGAUUAGGGCAAUUCGCAAUAGGACCAAAGGGGGAAAGAGGACUUCCAGGGCCCCCAGGGAGAUGUCUCUGCAGAAACCCACAACAUAUGAGUAACCCAUCAUAUGAGGAAUCUGUGUUUGGACACAGCUAUCCAAAAGUUCCUGCGAUUUUUGUGGUGAAUAAUCAAGAAGAAUUGGACCGAUUAAACACUGAAAAUGCCUUAGCUUUUAGAAGAGAUCAGAGAUCUUUGUAUUUCAAGGAUACCUUUGGAUGGCUCCCAGUCCAGCUCACCCCUUUCUAUCCUGUGGAUUACCGCUUUGAGGACAGUGGUACCUGUGGAGAUGGGAUCGUACAGGACGGGGAAGAGUGUGACGAUGGCAAUGCAGUUGUGACCGAUGACUGUAUAAGAUGCCGCCGUGCUUACUGUGGAGAUGGCUACAGGCAUGAGGGGGUUGAAGACUGUGAUGGGAAGGAUUUUGGAUAUUUGACAUGUAGAACAUAUCUCCCUGGGUCUUAUGGAAAAUUGCGAUGCACUUCUUAUUGCUACAUUGACUCCACACAGUGUCGAUACUUCACAUGAAGGAGCGUAUGUGGGUAGCAUCCCACUUGUAGCAGGGUGGUAGGUGCUACACUAUCAUCUAACCGAGAAGGACUGGGACUAAAAAACACCCCACCCACCUCUGUGUGAAAACAAAUAGACGUCAUGCUGCUGAUGGCCAUUUGGAGAUAUUUUUCUUUUUUAAAAAUCGUCAGAUUGGGAAAAAAUAGGACCACUGCAUCCUGUCUUAAUAGAAAAAUGUCAAACAGUGUGUGCCAGUAAGACUUUUAUGCAGCUGUGGAUGGUAACUUGCUCUCCAUCACAAAGCAACAUUAAGCUACUGGAAACUGAGUUUCAUCAACCAGGAAUAUUGUGUAACAAUUACCUCUAGUCAGCACUGUUAAACCCAGAUAUAGGCUCUUCAGAGGUUUUGUCUUUAACCCUUCCCAGCAUAAACACGAAGCAUAUCUUGAAUGUGGUGUUUAUAGGGACUUUCUCUUUUAUUACAAUGUGAACUUUGCAAAUGUUGUAUCACCAAUGACUUCAGCGACAUUAAGCUUAACAAUACUCCUUUCAAGGGUGAAAGGAGUA